CAAAAGGCCAGUGCUGGUCCUCCAGAAUGAAGCGCUUUACCCGCAGCGGCGUUCCUACACCAGCGAGGAUGAAGCUUGGAAGUCGUUCCUGGAAAACCCGCUCACUGCAGCCACCAAAGCCAUGAUGAGCAUCAAUGGGGACGAGGACAGUGCAGCGGCGCUGGGGCUGCUCUAUGACUACUACAAGGUUCCUCGAGAGAGGAGGUCAUCAACAGCGAAGCCCGAGAUUGAGCACCCUGAGCCGGAUCACAGCAAAAGAAACACCAUUCCCGGCGUGCCCGAGCAGUCCCUCAUCACCGCCGGAGAGAACAGAGUGCAGGUCCUGAAGAACGUGCCCUUUAACAUCGUCCUGCCCCACGGCAACCAGCUGGGCAUCGAGAAGCGCAGCCACCUGACGGCGCCCGACACCACCGUCACCGUCUCCAUAGCAACCAUGCCCACCCACUCCAUCAAGACAGAAAUCCAGCCGCACGGCUUCGCAGUAGGGCUUCCCCCGGCCGUGUAUCACCCCGAGCCCGCCGAGCGGGUGGUUGUCUUCGAUCGGAACCUCAACGCCGAGCAGUUUGGCUCCGGGGCUCAGCCCCCCAAUGCACAGCGGCGCACCCCGGACUCCACCUUCUCCGAGCCCUUCAAGGAGGGCGUGCAGGAGGUUUUCUUCCCCUCGGAUCUCAGCCUGCGGAUGCCUGGCAUGAACUCAGAGGACUAUGUGUUUGACAGUGUUUCUGGGAACAGCUUCGAGUACACCCUCGAAGCUUCCAAAUCGCUGCGGCAGAAGCCCGGGGACAGCACGAUGACGUACCUGAACAAAGGCCAGUUCUACCCUGUCACCCUGAAGGAGGCGAGCAGCACCGAAGGCAUCCACCACCCCAUCAGCAAAGUUCGCAGUGUGAUCAUGGUGGUUUUUGCCGAGGACAAGAGCAGGGAGGACCAGCUGCGGCACUGGAAGUACUGGCACUCCCGGCAGCACACCGCGAAACAAAGGUGCAUUGACAUCGCUGACUACAAGGAGAGCUUCAACACCAUCAGCAACAUCGAGGAGAUCGCCUACAACGCCAUCUCCUUCACCUGGGAUAUCAACGACGAGGCCAAGGUCUUCAUCUCCGUGAACUGCCUGAGCACCGACUUCUCCUCACAGAAGGGCGUCAAGGGGCUGCCGCUCAACAUCCAGAUCGACACCUACAGCUACAACAACCGCAGCAACAAGCCGGUGCACCGCGCCUACUGCCAGAUCAAGGUCUUCUGUGAUAAGGGAGCUGAGCGGAAAAUCAGGGACGAGGAGAGAAAGCAAAGCAAGAGAAAAGUGUCCGACGUGAAGGUGCCGCUGCUCCCGUCGCACAAGCGCAUGGACAUCACGGUCUUCAAGCCCUUUCUCGACCUCGACACGCAGCCGGUGCUCUUCAUCCCCGACGUGCACUUCGCCAACCUGCAGCGGGGCGUGCAUGUUCUUUCCAUUGCCUCAGAAGAAUUAGAGGGUGAAGGGUCCAGCCUGAAACGGGGCCCAUAUGGGACAGAAGAUGAGUUCACCACCCCGCCCUCCGCCAAGCUGACCCGGCUAGAGGAACCAAAGAGAGUGCUGCUGUAUGUGCGGAAGGAGGCGGAGGAGGUCUUCGAUGCCCUGAUGCUCAAAACCCCGUCCCUGAAGGGCUUGACCGAGGCUAUCUCCGACAAGUACGACAUCCCGCAAGAUAAGAUUGGGAAAAUAUUCAAGAAGUGCAAGAAAGGCAUCCUGGUGAACAUGGACGACAACAUCGUGAAGCACUACUCCAACGAGGACACCUUCCAGCUGCAGAUGGAGGAGGCCGGGGGAUCGUACAAGCUCACGCUCACGGAGAUCUAGGGCCCAGCCCCGGCCCCGGCCCCGGGUUCACAGCCGGUGUCCUGCGCCGUCACUGCCGUCACCCGCUUUGAGACAGGUGACAUGAGGGAGGGGAUCCCUUCCGCCCUGAGACAAACGCCUUGAACGUGGGAGCGCACUUCGCAGAGGAUGGAGGAGCGGACGUCCUCACCCGGCUCUGGCGGCCCUGUGUUGCCGCGGCGCCCAGGGUCAGGGUGCGAGGCUGUCGGCCCUGUCUACACCCGCAGGGACCACGCAUGGGGGUGCAGGAGACCCCUGCGGGCUCUGAGGGUUGUGAGCCCAGCCCACCCCACGCCCAUGCUCCCCACUUCAUGUUUACUCCACGGGGCGCUGAGCUGGGCCUGGCCUGCAAUCUUCUCGUGAACUCCGUGGGUCACAGCGUAGGCCGCCUUGCAUGUAAAGUGCAAUAUCCACGUGAAGGUCUGUGUGUAAAUGUGUACAUAGAGGCUGAUACAAAUGUCUAAUAUAUUCCCGCGGGGGCUGUGGAGCACAGCGAGCAUGCGCAGCCGCCGCCCGCGCAGAGGCCGGGUUCCUGGGCUCACAGGCAGCUAAACCCCAGCAUAGCAAGGCCCGGCUGAUGACCAGCUCCGCUGGCCACACCACAGGCUGCUGUGUGGACGAGGGCACGACACCGAUGCCGGUCUGUCCCAGUGCUGGGCACCAGGGGUCCUGGCCCAUGCAGAGCAAGCAGCAGAAAGGAUCGCGAACCCGGAAUGGACCUCUUCCUCCUCUUCCUGAUCUAACAGAUGGUUCCCACCUAUCAUCUCAGCACUCAGGAGGCUGAGGCAGAAGGAUCGCUUGGAGUUCAAGGCCAGCCUGGGCUAUAUAGUCCUAACCAGUUGGGACUACAGAGCAAGAUUCUGUCUCGAAAGACCAAAAUGAAAGAAAUGGUUUUUGAAGUUUGAUUAUUUGUAAGGUUUACAAUUGUAGAAAGCAUUUGUGAAUUUCUGAGACUCUUAUCAGUGUGCCAGGGCCCACUGUUUUGUACAUGUGUUUAAAUAUAUAAAACAACCCUUCAAAUGUAAUUUUAUAAUAGAAACACUAAGAGAAAUGGAAUCACGGGUAUCUGUAGCUUCAGGGAGCAGCUAGGAUAGGUCGUUUGUCUCAGCAGCAUUGACAGUUGCAUGUUUGGGUUUAAUAUUCCAAUGAAGUAUGUGAACUAAAUCACUGGCUUUCAGAGAUAUGGGACACGGGUCAUAUAACAAUAUUUUAUAUUUUGUUUUAUGAAUUGAUUUUUGUCUUGUUUUUAAUUGUAUCAUUGAUGAUGUAUUUUAAACCAAAGGGAUUAAAUUUUAUAUGUCUAUUUUGUAA